AUGAGGCUGAUGUCUGGGUACCAUUUUAUUUAUUUCUGUCACAUGUUGGUAGCCUUAUAUGAAGAGCCAGAGAAACCAAAUAGUGCACUGGACUUUCUGAAGCAUCACCUGGGAGCUUCAGCUCCUGAGAAUCCAGAAAUAGAGGCACUUCAAUUGGAAGUGGCAGAGAUGAAAGAAAAAUAUGAAGCUGUGUUGGAAGAAAAUAAAAAACUGAAAGCCAAGCUGGCUCAGUAUGAACCACCUCAAGAUGAGAAGCAUGGUGAAUGACAGUAGUUUCUCCUUUAAUGCCUUGAAUUAAUAAAGGGCUUCCUGAGAA